CCGCUCGUUCUUGUGAAUGCAUAGUGUGCCAAGAAGGACAUGCAGGUAGUGGACUAGCAGUUGAGCAGCCUACUUGGUGAUUUGAGACGGUGACUUCUUCUGCAGGUGCUUUGUCUUUUCCUCGUUGCCGGUCAGUGAAACAGCGAGACAACGAUGGAGCUGUGAUGGCCUCUUGAAACCAGUUAAACAAGUGUCUCAACAUCCUCAGAUCACAGACAUUGUAUUACACGUGUAGACCCUCUCCUUCGUUCAGCCUCUCAGUAUUUCACCAUGGAGGCCAGAGGAAAGUAUGACUUCAAUGGCAAAGAAGAAGAUGAGCUCAGCUUCCGGAAAGGAGACAUUCUAAAAAUCCUGGGAACUCAAGACGACUGGUUCAAGGCAGAGCUACAUGGUCAUGAGGGCUUCAUACCUAAAAACUAUGUUGACAUGCAAACGCCGAGCUGGUUCAAAGAGAAUGCCGGCCGUGGCUCGGCUGAGGAGAUGCUCAUGUCCCGAGAGGUGGGUGCUUUCCUGAUCCGUGGCAGCCAGAGUUCCCCUGGAGACUUCUCCAUCUCAGUCAGACACGAGUACGAUGUACAGCAUUUUAAAGUUAUGAAGGAUAAAUCGUUCCAGUACUACCUGUGGACGGAGAAGUUUACCUCUCUAAACAAGCUUGUGGAGUUCUACAAGACCACCUCCAUAUCCAAGCAGAGGGAGAUCUUCCUUAGGGACGGAAGUGGGAAUGAGCCACGAGCACCUCCACCUUUAAGGAGUCAACCAGAAGUUCGGCCUUCCCCAGGUGGUGGUUAUGGCGGUCCCCCAACCUCAUCGCAACACCGCAACGCGACAGAUCAAACUCACAACCAGAAGGGUAAGAGAGGAAGUCUUGAGGAGAAAGCUAACACUCUGGGACACCAAGGGAGGAACAGCCCAGUCCCUCGGCGAACCUCUGAAACUUUGCCUGCUCCGAGGUCAACCAUACAGGUGAGAGCAAUAUAUGACUUCACAGCAGAGGAAGAUGACGAGUUGGGCUUCAGUUCCGGUGAAAUCAUUGAAGUACUGGACCGUUCUGAUGCGUCGUGGUGGAAAGGUCGUUUGCGCGGCAGGACUGGUCUGUUCCCUGCCAAUUACACAGAACCGAUCUGAAGUCUUCUGAUUGCUCAGAGGUGUGGAAUCACUAUGCUAAGAGUCAAAUCCAUCAUUCGCUUACCAAAUGCCUGUCAAUAAUGUACGGACUGGUCGAUUAUUUUCAAAUUAUUUUUAUAAAACUGGUUGCAGAACUGUUGCGGAGAAGUGAGAAAAAGACUCAUGAAGCUCUUUGUUGCUUCUCUUUUACAUAUACAUAAUCUUUUUUUAUACAGUGCAUAUUUUUUUAUGGUACGAAGAAAGAACUAUACAAUUUCUCUUAUGUGUCAAAUUCUCUUAAUGGCUAGACAUUUCCCUUAUAGGAAUCACUGAAUUAUACAGUACAUAGCCCUUACAGUGACCCCUCAGUUCAUGUUUAUAUUUUAAGAUCUUCAGUAGGACACACUAACACAUGAUACAGUGUUACAGUAAGCAAAGUGUUUAUGUUACUGUACCAAUUUUUGUAAAAGGAAGAGACUUUUUAACAUAUGUGAUUUGUCAAAAUAGGCACAGACAGAAGAGGUAUGAUUAUUGUUUUGUUAUACAAGAUGGAAAAUACAGAUGGCAAAUAACAGCGGACUUGAAUAAAUCUUUCUGCUUUCAAA